AUGGCCAGCACAGAGAAUGGGGCCGGCAGUGCGUCGGCAGGUGUUAUGCCAUCGAGUGAUCCAAAGAACCUUGGUUCUGAUGCCAUGAAUGUGUUGAAAGGCGACAGUGUGACGUCGGAAACAUCCAUGAACAGCUCUGGGGCAGCCCCGACGGAUGGCAACUCCAAGCCAGAAAACAGUGACGCGCCGCGUGCAUGGCCUACAUCGUUGCCACCUUUGCCACCGCAUAUGGCUGGUGCCGAUCUGCCUAUCGCUAAUAUCUCUCGAAUUAUGAAACGUGCCUUGCCGGACAAUGGCAAAAUUGCUAAGAACGCGAAGGAGUGCAUGCAAGAGUGUGUAAGUGAGUUGAUCAGUUUCAUCACAUCGGAGGCCAGCGACCGUUGCGGCAGUGAAAAGCGUAAAACUAUCAAUGGCGAUGACAUUUUGUACUCGCUCCGUGUGCUGGGCUUUGACAACUACGAGCAAGUGUUGAAAGUAUACCUCAGUCGUUACCGCCAGGCGCAAGAAGAGAAUCCGCGUCAGCGUCGCCGAAGAGCAGGCAAGCGACGCUCGUCACCGUCUUCCUUGCAUGAUGGGACAGGCACAGAUGGUGAUAUGUCAACAGUAGAUGGCGCGCAGGCGGAUGAUGACGGGCAGGACGAUGACGAUGACGACGAUGCAGACGAUGAUGUAGACGACGAGUAA